UGCUCAAUAAGCGAUUACGAAAUUCGUGGGACGAGACGGCAAAAGACAGGGCAGGCACCAAGGGAUUGAAGGACGCCAUUGACCAAGGAAACCAUUCUUGUCUUGCCAUGAACGGUGUGGCCAUCCAUGCGUCCAUGUGUGACAGGCAGGCAGGCCAAGUGGCACUUACUGAUUCUGCGUGACAACAGCAUGCUGCAUAUCAGACCGGGCAGAGAGCUCGUGCUAGUUCAGGACAGACACCAGCGCCUUACUCAAACGAGGGAAAGACCCGUUUCGGGCGAGGGGCGAUGGGUGAUUGCGAAAGGCAGCAACCGACCAACCGUGCCCCCCACAUCCCCACGUGGGGGGAGGGGCGAGGCCCAGGUCGCUGCAAGUGGGAUUGGGGGCAGGAUGGGAGAAUGAGAAGGGAAGGAAAAAAGAAAAGAAAAAAAGGAACAAAGAAAAACACGGAUGAGGGAAGGACGAUCGCGUCUACAUCCACCAGACCAGGCCCAAACAUCCAGACAGGCCGGCUUGGGAACCCGGGGCGCCGCACCGAGGGCUUGGGCGCGGGCAGACAGUCGAGACCCGUUGGAGGCUUUCGAUGCCCAGCGGCCACUUACCCACAGCUCCCCCAGAAAAAGACCCCCAAUCCCCCAAGUUGGUCACGCCUUUACCCCAGCCGAGGGCCGUGUUCAUCGCACGAACAGACGCAAGUUCGGUUCCUUCUCUCCCACUGCCUUGCUGGCCCAUCGCGCCCUAUCCAAAGCCACUAUCUCUAUCCAUAACCCCUCGACGGUUCGUCCUGUCGCGAGCAUAUCCUCGUGUCCACACAGUACUCCUUUUCCCCUCUUCUGGUCAGGACUGGGACGUUUUCGGGCCAAGCGCUUAGCAGGGCGCGAGAGGAAGAGGAAGUGAAGGAGCAGGGCGCAAGAGGCACAUGGCCCCAAGACAGCAACAGGCUCGAGAUAUGCCGACCGCUGCUGCUUCCCUUCCUCCGUCUCCCCCACCGCCGCCCUCAUCGGAUCCUCAUUGUCCUCCUCCUCCGCCGCCGCUCCGUCCCACAGCCACAUGGCCUCACGCGCCGUGGAGCCGCCGCCGCGGUCGCCCAUGAUGCAGGGACCCAUGAUGACCACGUUUAGCAUCGACGGCAGCGACGGGAGCACGUCGGCUACCGCGACGUCGGGCGGCCCCAGGCGUGCCAGCCGGCGGGGGGCGCCGCGCCGCUUCCAGUGCGACUUUGAUGGCUGUGGCCGGUUGUACACGCGCGCCGAGCACCUGCAGCGGCACCAGUUGAACCACAACCCUCGAGAGGUCUUUACGUGUACUGACGAGGGGUGUGGCCACACCUUUGUGCGCGCCGACCUGCUGGCUCGCCACAGAAGCCGCCAUCACUUGCCCUCAUAUGUUCCGCGGCACCGCGCCCGGAGCUUUUCCGCCCCUAACUCAAAUCCUAGUAAUGGGAGUCCCGUUACCGGUCCCGGUCCUGGCUCCGGGCCUUCUUCCGAUGUGCAGGACCACCUUGGCGGCUCCGACGUGUUGUCAACUUCUCCAACCGCCAACAACCCAAGUCACUCACAGUCCACUAGUGUAAAUAAUGAGGAGAUAUCUCCUGUGAUACCCAGCGAACCGCCUCCGCUCCUUACACCUGAGUCAAGCGGAGCUCAGCUACCAGGAAGAUUCGUCCGGGACCCUACCCCCCAGCAAACCACGCAGCCGCCAGGAUGGUCACCUCCCAUCUCUAUGACCAACAAUAUGAUGCAGCCUAAGCCUGCCUUCUUCCCCCACCAAGUCCAAAACAUGCCACCACAGCCUUCCGGUGCGACUUGGGGCUACAUGCCCGAAGAGACCAUGAGCCGCGAUAACUUCGCCGUCUGGCUCUUCGACGCACAGAGCAACUACGGAGACUUCAACGUAGCCAACCUGCCCUUUCUGGAAGGGGGCUUGGAGUCUCAGUUUAACACCGACAUCCCCUACGACUAUGAGUCCCUGACUAGCAUGUCACAGGUGGAAACCCCACCAGGGCCUGUCGAGACUGACGAGCUGCUGGCAGAGUUCCGCCGCCAAGAGGUCUUGCGCUGGUUCCAGGCGUUUCGCCGCAAAUACCCAUUGCAAGAACCUCUUUCCAUGAAUCUGGCUAUGGACAAGAACGGCGACACUCCCGUCCUCAACUUGGAGAUGAUGAGAGAUUGUUUACGCGAAUAUUGGGACCAUGUGUCGUCUCGGCUCCCUAUAAUCCACCAGCCCACCUUCUCGGCAAACCGCUGCCCUACCCUGUUGUUGCUGGUCAUGUUGGCUCUGGGCGCAGCCUCACUCCGUAGCAGGGACAGCACAGGGGCGCUGGCCGGCUAUGGAUGCUUCGCCGAUGUUGUCAUCUUGGGGCUACGGUGGGAAAUCGUGACGGCCGAGGAGGCCACGCCUCCGGUGAGCCUUGCGGUGGCCCAGUCCCUGCUGCUCCUCGAGUUCUACGAGAAGCUGUACUCAUCGCGCAAGCUCCACGAGAGAGCUCACAUAUACCAUUCGGCAACCCUGACAUUGCUGCGUCGAGGGAGCCCGCUGAUUGGCCGCGCUGGCAGCGAGUCGCCCCCUGAAUACCAUGCGUCGGCCGAGCACUCCCACGGAGCCGCCCAAGAUUCUCGUAGCUGGUGGAUCCGCUGGGCCGAAACGGAGUCGAUGCACCGCGUCGUCUUCGCAGCGUUCAUGAUGGAUGUCCUGCAUGCCGCCAUGUUUGGACACGCCGCAGAUAUGGCCCCCCAUGAGAUCCGCCUGCCACUGCCCUGUGACGAUAAUCUCUGGGCUGCGCCAAAGCCAGAAGAGAUGCGCCAGCUAGACGCGAACCUACGCAUGUAUGGUGUCAAGCCUAUAUCUUUCCUGGACGGCCUCAAGCGCGCUGUGCACGGAAAGGAGGUGAGAACUCACAGCUUCGGCCGCAUGAUCAUCAUGUCGGGUCUACUAAGCGUUGGCUGGCAUCUCAGCCGCCGCGAGACGCAUUUGAAGUGGUUGGAUCUCACAACGCCGAACGGCGAGACCGUGGACAACUCGCGCAAGGUCCUGCUCAACGCGUUCGAUCGGUGGAAAACCAGCUUCGACAAUGCUCAGGGCACCUUCGAGAUUGCGCAGAACCUCAGCCGGCCCCAAGCCGACGCGAACGGGCUCAUACAAAGCGCGCCAGUGCUCUACCACCUAGCCCACAUCAGCCUCCAUGCCGACAUUGUCGAUUGCCAAGUGUACGCGGGGGCGAGGCAGCUCCUAGGCCGCAAGGUGUCACGGCGCGACUACGCCAACGUCGGGCAGCGCAUGCAGGCGUGGGCUGCCAUGCCCUCGACGAGGCACGCCAUCCUCCAUGCCUUCAAGCUGCUUCACCGCGUGCUUGUAGAGCCGGGUCGACCUGAGCGGCGGAGGAUUGCAGCGCCGGGCCCGGGGCUGAUAAACCUACCCCCGAUAAAGAUAGCGACAUACUCGUGCCGCAGCGAGCCAGACCCCCACCGACCCUGGAUUAUGUACUACGCUACCCUCAGCAUAUGGUGUUUUGUUUGUGCGCUGAGGGAGCUCCACGGCGUCCCUAUGUCUACUGCCCACAUCCAGCAGCAGCAGCCGCAGCAGCAUCACGCCGCCGGCUUCCACCAGGUCCAUAACGGUGGUACGGGGACCGUCCCUCAAUCCCCGUCGUUCAACCCUGUAGCCAACUAUAACAACGUCAUGUCCUAUCUUUCCAACGUGGCGGGACGCCUGGAGCUCGAUGAGGGGACGGCCUCGGAUCUAGCAUCCGGUCUACCAGACCUCCUGGAUUGUCUUCACAACAUACUGACCGAGGCGCACUCGGAGCUGCUCAAGGAAGCGCGCGAGCGGCUGAUGGUGUGCAGGUCGAAGCUUGUCGGCGGCGGCGGCUAG